GAACACUUUCGACUUAUUAAUCCAUCAACAACUCGAACUUCAACAACUUUCUAUUCAUAACUUUCUCAGUCUUCAAAUUCUUCAAACAAAUCAACUUCAUUACUCUGCGACCCUAUCCAGCUUUGGAAAAUCGCAAACUACCCUUGCCAUAACAACAACACCUUCAGGCGCGUCUUCAGCCAAAGCCUGAUCCUCACAGAACGCAUUUCAGCGCAUCAGAAAUUAAAGUCAGCUAGCUUCUUUCCCAUCUUCGAAAUUGAUUGAUCAAUUCAUACUCGGUCAAUACUUUUUCUAUCUUACUUGAACCUAACCAUCCGAUCCAUAAUCAGCCAAUUUCUCACUUCCCAACCCAAAAAAACUUAACGAUGUCUUCUGAUAAACUCGGUCAAUCUCUUGAUGAGAUCCUUGCUACCCAAAGAGCAGCAGGCACUGGACGUGGUGGACGUGGCGGCGGUCGUCGUGGUGGACGUGCUCCAGGUGGUCGCAACGCCACUGCAGCUCCAGUUGGAGGUGUAUCCAAGAGCAAGAAGCCAGUCAAGGGAGCAGUAAAACCUGCUCCAGCUGGUCCUUCUGGUGGAAAUGCCCCAUCUCGUAUUGUGGUUAGCAACUUGCCAUAUGAUGUGACAGAACAACAGAUCAAGGAAUACUUCCACGAAGCAAAAUUGCACACCAAGAGCGUUCAACUAGUCUAUGGUCCAAAUGGAGCUAGCCGUGGCGAAGCUAAUAUCACCUUCCACCGUCAAGGUGAUGCUGCUGCAGCUGUAUCCAAGCUUAAUGGUGUCAAGGUUGACAAUAGAUCAUUGAGGGUCCAACUUCUCGUUGAUGCCCAGGCCGCCAGCAUUAUGGAGGAGAAGCUUGCUAAGAGACUUACGGACCGAAUUACUAGCGUGCCAAAAUCACAACCAAAGUCUGCUGUUCCAAACAAAGCAAACAGCAAGGAUCAAGGUGGCAAGAGAGGAGGAAAGAGAGGCUCCCGUGGUGGCGCCGGUGCUACUACUGCUCGCCCAGCUAAGAAGAAGACCGCUGAAGAACUCGAUUUGGAGAUGGCAGAUUAUUGGGAGAGCGGAAACGCCGCGAAUGCAGAGACCAGUACCGAUGCUCAGGCCACAAACGUUGCUGCUGAGCCAGCUACCAAUGGAGAUGCAAACAUGGAUGACGAGAUCUUGUAAAAAAAUUCUCAUCUGUCUGUAGAGAUAUUUACGAGAAUGAAGCACCAUAUUGAGAAUACUUCCACACCCUGCACCAACUACCCUCUUUACGCUUACGUCGAUUGUAUUAUUGCUACUUCCUCAUGCUUUUGUUUCUGCGAUUUUUUAGCUGGGGUUUCUUUUCUACAGAUGGGUGGGGUGAUUUGGGCAUAGGAGUGAAGUGGAGAGAUGACCAACGAGUUCCACAAAUAAUGGUUUUUAUGAUGAGAGCGAGGAUGGGUCGCUCACCUUCCAAAUUGUAUUCGAGAAAUAGCGUCGCAGAAAUGGAUAUUUUCCUUGUGCAUUCUUGCUUUGGCAGCUCUUUUUUUUUCAAUCUGUGAUCCAGAUUAUAAACUACCUAGAUGAAAUCAAUACAUUGGCUGUACA